UGUGAGUUUCAAAGAUCGUCUUCACUCGGACGAAGCUUCGUUGCUGAGAAACAAACCGCUCUAUUUAACAUGUAAACAUCAAGAUUUUCCCCUAAAAUGAGAUAAAGAUAAAUUUAACCCCAUAUAAGGCAGUGUUAAAGUCUCCACCAUCAAAAUGUUGGAGAUAUCUGAGCUUUACAAGGUGGCAGGGUCCAAAAAGGUCCAGGAAAUGGAGAAAGAGCUAUCUAUUGACCUGGAGGAUCUCAGGAAGGACAUAGAGGAUAACAUUGUGGACCACAUACCUGUCAAAAUGAUCAGCUCAAUACCCAUGCCUAAGGAUGUGUCCUACUUUCGUAGAGAGAGAAAACUGGUCAUAGAUCGACUGCUGCAGGUCAGUGAAGCCCAGCCAUUGAAGAGUCAGGCAGAGAUCAUGAAGGAGGAGAUGAUGUCGGCGGAGGAGACUGAGUACUCAGCUAAAAGCCUGCCCCUACUCCUACAUCAGUAUUUUAUGGAUAGGAUUUAUCAGCUAGUCCAGAGUAAACAUCUUCACAUGCUGAGAUGGAAGAGGUUUUGUGAGCACACCAGUACUAUAGAAUCCCUGUAUCCCCACUACACAAAGCGACUCAAUCACAUUAUGGCGGAGUACCACGACAGUGUGCAGCGAGCUCAGAGACUGAGUGUGGCUCGAGAGGACCUUCUGUGUGGGACUGAGCAGGUUGUAAACGAGAUCAAACUCGACGAUGUUCUAAUCUACCUCCGAUGGUUGGUCUGUCAUUUCCACUCCAUGAAGCGAGUCAAUCAUUAUCUCAGGGUUCUAAAGUGGUUACCUUUGACACACAAAGCUGACACAGCUCCUGAGAAAGAGAAAGAUGACUUGGAGGAGGGUACUUCAGCUUCUAAGAUGGCAUCUCGGUAUGGGGACGAUGCAUUCGGAGGAAAUACUCAGCGCCCUAAAUCUGGUUUAUCGCGACCUAGUUCUGCAGUGUCUCAGCAGGCUUAUGGUCCCAUUCCAACUGCCCCGCCCAUCAAUCCAGGACUUCUGUCCACAAACCCUCUGCCAUCCUCAGCAUUCACCAUGGCUGCUGCCGCAACAAGUGGAGGAAUAGCCACUGAUGAGUCUACCCAAGGACUGCCAUUAAACGCUGUGGAUUUUGAUACACUCAAACCUCAUCUCAGCUUCCUCCUCAAUAUCUAUGGAAUCAACUAUGAUUUGAAUUCAGUCCACAAUUCUGCUGACGAGAUGGAGAUGUAUGCAGCCGUAAACAGGAAGUUCCAUGCAAUUUUUAACAGACAGGAAAUCAUGAAGACAUUCAAGACAUAUGACAGACUGGAGCCUGGUCAGCAAGGGUGGGGUUCUGACUCCCCCUCCCACUGCCUCAGGAAGGAGAGCAACUGGGUCCCCUUUGUGAGCCUCAAAAGUGAGCGUGACCCCCUACAAGAGAAGAAGUGGACGGCACUGAGACAUCGUAACAAUGUGGAUGAAAUUCUGAGAUACAUGGAGUCAUUCACAGCAGUUCACGACCCUCAGAAAGUGCAGGAAACCCUGAGAGACCACGCCAGCAUGGUUCAGCAGCCCUCUGACCCCAUGGAGGCCUCCGUGACUACUCACCGCACCGCCCCGCGCUCCUAUGACACCAAACUGACUUGGAGGAAGAUCUACUCCAACCCCGACCUCUACUCAGAUAACGACCUUGAUGACAAUCUCCAAGAGGAAGAGGAAGUAAGCGGAUCUGGAAGUAAGUCGGCGCGGGCAGUCAGUGCUCGGCGACGGAAGGACAGCUACGACUACAAGAGCACGGUCCAGAUGCUGGGUUUAGAUGAGGGUGAGCAAGAGAACCAGGACCCCGCCUCUCUACAGGGGGCCUUCCUGGCCUUCCUUCACCUCAGACACCUCAGGAUCAGGGACCUCCAGAGAACGGCCUUAAGUGUAUUUAACUACUUCCGCUCUAUAGAGAGGACUCUGACCAUUAAUGAUGCCGGCCUGUCCCAGGAAGUUGGCGGGUUGAAGAAGACUAGUCCACAGAACCACAGGCGUGCCACCGAACAUGAUGGAACAGUGGGAGGAGGUGGCGGCAUCGGUUGUCAUGGUUACAUGCACAACACGCCAGCAGAUUUUAAAUUGAAUGAGACCGAGUUUAUGGAGUUUUCUGACAUCGAGAACCAUGAUGACUUCUAUACAGUGGAGGAAGGUCGCAUCCAUGUACAGGACCAGAGGGGGUACUACAUUGUGUACGACUCGGCCGAGAAAGACCUUAAGAAAAUGGAGGAAGAGAUUCUUUUGAUAGCCACCCAUUAUGUUGAAAAAGACCGGGACAUGAGAAAGAAGUCCAAGGUCCUGAGGGGCGGGGAGUCAGCCAGGAGGCGGCUGCAUCAGGGUCCGGGAGACUUUGACAUCGGGGAGUACUCGCACCGAGAGGUGGACAGGUUUGGAGUACUGGUGGACUUAUGGAACAAUCUGACCUGUUUCAUGGAGUGUAAGAGAGAGCUUCUUGACUGUUACUUUGAGGCCUAUCAACACAUCUUUGACCGGGACGAGAAGCGGGCCAUGGCACAGGUCAUGUCGAACCUGAUGAACAAGCGGCCUCGUUUUGACUUUGACGCCGACUAUUUCAUCAAGACAAUUCGUGCUGAGUGUGUCAUCCUCAGGCACAUGACCACACUCAUCAAAAACAUCAUGGACAAACAGAUUGAGGAGCAGAGAGAGUACCUUCAGAAGGUGUGCAGGGAAGGGGAGGAGUUUGGUCUGCCCCUGGGAGUGGUUCCUAAACAGCCCAUCUCUGUCAAUCUCAGCAGACCUGCACUGAGGAACAUCUACAUGUUGGAGUUCCAUCCUUCCCUGUCCAUUGCCAGCAGAGUCCCUGAAGCACUCAAGUAUGCCCUACAGGAGUUGAUCCAUGCCCAUCAGCCCCAGUCGGUGUACAGUACUGUGAUGAUAGAGAAGCGACUGAUGGCGGUGGCAUGUAAGGAGUGGGACACCUCAGAUAAACUGGACUCCAACUUCAACCAGCAGGCCCAAAAAGAUUUGUUUGCUGAGGUGUACGUUGAGGACCCGAUCUUUAUGUGUAUGAUGGCCCGAACGAUGGUGGACAAGAAGGAGGAGGAGGGAACCAGGAAAAACACCAGGGACAGACAACUCAGCAUGAUGGGGGCCGUCAACAGGCUACUGGAGACCCUGACCUGUAGACACAGGUUGUUGGAUGCUGCCUUGGAAACUGGCAUUCUGGCAGGGGUGUACAAGAAGCAGGCCGUUGAGAUGGGUUUCAGUGACUACCACAUGUACAUCAGGGCUAUACAGUUUGAGUCGGCCUCUAUGAAGGACGACGCAGGGAAAGCCCCGCCCAUCAGCAUGACUGACGUACAGGAGGACGACUCAGCCGUCUAUAAGAUGAGUGUGCCCCUCCAGCAGUCCCUGGCCAUCAAUGAACUGGACGAGGCACAGAUUGGGCGGUUCAGCUUCAGGACACGGGAGUCUAUGGAGGAUAUGUUACAAGGCAGUGGGCUUGAGAAUCUGAAGACAAUCCUCCAAGUGCAGAUAGUUCAGAAGAAUGCCAUAACUAGUGCAGUGUUACAGGCCAAUUCCUGUGUUCCUAUAGAGGAACCUGACAUACACAAAGGCAGUGGGAGGGCCAGUCCAUCAGAGACCAAGUCCGAGAAGAGCUCAGUCACUCAAAUGACCAGUUUCUCUGGGGGUACAGGUGGCUCCACCCUGGGGGCCAAGCUGUCACAUGACCAGAGCCUCAGAUAUGUCCGAUCCCCUGAUGCAUUUGUGUCCAUACAGCUAGAAAAAACCCCUAGCAGAGACCUGAUGCUGAAUGAUUUUGUGAAGAAGAGGAAUGAAAUGAGACAUAUUUUGAUGAAUCCAGAGGAAUCCAAGAAAGCAAAGAGACACUUGAUCCAAGAGUUUUGUUACCGCUUCAACCAGAGGAUGACUCAGUACAGUCUGAGGGGACAGCUGAUCGCUUACUACAACAGCAUACUCAGGCUGCUCAAGGAUUUCCCCAACAUCAGGAAAACCUAUUUCAUGAUUGGAGAUCCUCAUGAGAAGAAGCAGGGAACAGACAAUUUAGAGGGGCUUACUCCAGACCCAAAACAGGACAAGAAGCGACCUAGACAGCUCCUAACCAACAAUGGCCAGCAUGUACUAAACCUCUGGUUCAUCCCCCACCACACCGAGGCUCUGGUCAUGUACAAGAACCUAGCGGAUGAUAAGAUUGUACGCGCUCUGUCCUUCUCUCUCUCCAUCGUUUCAUCCAUUCACGACAUGCUGCAGUACUUGUGUGCUCACUCUCGACUUGGUAGCUCGCACGCUCGACUCGGAUCUCAGAGGAUGGAGUUUGUCUCGGCUGACUGGGGAGGAACUGAGGGAAUAGGUGCUGAGUUGCGUGAGAUACAGAAGCAGAUUGAGAACCUUCCCCACCCCACAGACCCCCGCACCAUCGCUGACUUCCUGGCCAUGCGGCGAGACGUCAUGUUUCUGGAGUUUGACACUGCUGUCCGACAUUGCAUGAUGGACACAUUCCUCUCCACCGGAAACGCCCAGUCAUUCCAUUCUUUGAAGAACAAUAUAUACCAUGCGCUGCCUAACCUGAGCAAUGUCCAGAGGCCCACCCUACAGGCUGUGUGUCUCAGCGUCCCUGAGCCCCUGGAGCCGCGCGACUUCCAGGCCCGCGAACUGUUCCCAUGGAGAUCAUUUCUUGGAAGGAACGGUCCGUUCCCCUUGAUGUACUACCAGUGGCACAUGACGGAGUACUAUAUACAGCUGUGUCUGGCAGGACUCAAGGACGUCGACAGACAUGUUGCCAAUGGUGAGAUACUGGGAGUCAGUCUAUUAAUGGAAGAUGUCCUCCAAACAGGCUAUCAGGACAUCUCGCAUCUCAGUGAUGCUGAUGAUCUCGAGACGGCCAGGUCUGAGAAGAAAGAGGGGUCAGUGGCGCCCUCUAGAGGGCCAAGUCGGCUGGACAUACAGACGCCGACGGGGAGUAUCUCGUCUAAAGCAGGUUGGACAGCGUUAACUGCUGUGAUUGAGUUUAGAAAGCAUGCCCGUAAGAGAGAAGUGGCCGUCAAGAGUCUGUCCCGGACCAAAGAACCAGUGGAGUCCUAUAAACUCCUGAAGUUCUUCCUGAUUCUGUGGAAGUGUCUUGAGCAUGCCAAGUAUGACUGGGGCAAGAGAAAACUGUUUGUGGAGGACAUUGAUAGGCCAUCACUCUUCAAGGAGUACUGCAAAGUGUAUAAAACUGAGGUGCUAUUGCCAGUGUUACAAAGUGUUGCUAGGAGACUGGGUCAGGGUGAACUUUAUGAGGGCAUUGCCAUGGAAACUGACCCACUUGUUAUGCCUAAAGGUGCUUCAGAGAUUGAAAUAAAGUCGAAACAGCUUGUAAAAUUACUGGAGACGUUUGAAUGUCACAUGAUCUCAGAGAUCCGUAAAAAGAUUGAUAAAGAGGCGACACUAGCGACGGCAGAAAGGGUGCGAGUGGAGAGUAACCUGGCCACAGAUCUGUGGAAAAGACCGGUCAUGAAGGAGAGCUUCACUAUUGUAAAGCCUCAGAUAGCGGAGGACUUUGUCACAAAACUGAAGAAGAAGAUGAACGAGACGGAGAACGGAGACUUCCUGAUUGGACAUGACGACCUGAAUGAGUGUGUGGGGGAGCUGGCCAGAAACAUCAUGACCAGAGAGAGGCAUAACUUUGAUAGUUACACAAUGUACUAUGAAAAUCUUCUGAGAGUCCAUCACACCUUACUCUACACUAAAGAACAGGAGGUGAAACAUUUACAAGAUGCCCUGAAGGCGGUACAACACGACACAAUGGUGGACGUGCAGUGCCUGCUGGGAACUCAUGUCCACGACCUCUUACAAGAGGUGACAGCGCUGCGAGCCAAGAUCCACGAGAUGCGAGAAAGCUCGAUGAGCAUGGAACAGGACUGUCGGGAGCGAGUGAAGGAGGAAUACCGAGAUCUCAUCAAGAACCUGCUGGAGGCCUCAGGGGUGGUCAAAAAUAAACUGGAUGAAUUCAGAAAUGAACUGUUUGAUGAUGUUUGUGAAAAAAUGGAGGAGACAAGGAGAGAGGCUCUGAGAGAAAUGGACGAAGCCAAGGAGAAGGAGAAGAAAGGGGAUGACGACCUGCUGCAGAGAUACCUGGCUAAGUCGGAGAAGCUUCGGGAGCACGAGAACACCAACUACAACCUGAGUCUGCUGGUCAACAAGAUGAAGAUCGUCCAGAAAUGGCGGCAGCAGAGCCUGAUGACCAGGGUCCAGCACUCCGUGGCCAGUCUGAAGAAGCAGGCAGAGUUCAGUCAAAAGGAGAAAAUCCAGGCGGAGAUGAUCUACGAGCAGGAGAGGAUCUCGCUCCACCAGCAACUUGAGCAGAUCAAGGACGCACUCAAGGUCGCUGAGAAAGAGUGCCACGACAUCCGCCAGAAACUCGAGAGAGAGCUGAAAGAAAAACAGGAGAAGACUCACGAGGCUCAGCAAAGAGCUCGCAGCCAGAAGCAGCUCGAAAUGGCCAAACAGGCCAACAUUGAGAAACUGGAGGUAGAGUUAAAGGACCGUGAUACAAGGCUACGUAUACUGUCGGAUGAACAAGACAAAGUCAUCCGUAUGCAACAGAUGCAUCAAGAGAAGAUCCGAAAGGACAUCGAUGGUGUUCGGAAACAACUCAACCAUGAAAGAUCUCUGAAACUGGACGCCUUUACAAGAGUGGACGACCUUCAGACUCAGGUGUAUGAUUUAGAGAGCUGUUAUAUCAGCAGGGCUCAGUCCUCUAUGGCCAUAUCUCCAGCACCCUCCAAGGCGAGAUCAAGAAUCCAGUCCGCCCAGAGAAGCCGAAGUCACAACACCCCCACAGCUAACUGGCCACCCCCAGUCAUGUGGCCGGCCAAUCGCAGUCUAACCCCCGGGGCACCAGGGGGACCGCCGGUCAGUGAGGAACUUAAUAACCUGGAUGAAAGGAAGAUUCAGAGACCAAAAACUGUGGCUGGAAAACUGAGGCACUCCAUCAGUGAACAGGUUGGGGGCCGACUCAGGAGCCGUAUAGCCGAACAACUGCUAAACGAGCUUGAACUGGACGCCCAUAGAACCGUGGUACAGCUAGAAGAACUACAGAUAGAGAACAGGCCGGGCUCUGGGCGCCGGGAGACUGCCUACUGAUGAUGUCACAAUAGUUGCUGGAAACGUUUUGAUAUUUGUAGAGCGAGUUGUAGGCGCCAACCUCUGAGGUCACGGCCACUGACUUCAUUACUAUCCUUGUAAUGUACAUGGGUACAAAUUGUGAAUGGUUUUAAGUUGAGAUUUUAGUUAUACGUGUAUUCAUACGCGUUCCUGGCUCGUAGGUCUACCAAAGUGCUUCACCAUCAUUACUGAUAAAAUAGUUCUAAUUUUUAAAAUUAUUAUUCUCCCACAUUUACUCUUGUUGGUAUACCUUUGCAGAUGUAAGGGACAAAUGACGAUUCUCUAUUUGAAUUGUGAAUAAUGUGAUAUAAUUUUAUAGAAAUCGUAUUGAGGCAUAUACUUGUGCUGAUUUCAACCAAUAGACAAUAAUGUACUAUGUUUUAUAAAAAUGUCUUGAGAUAUAUUUUGUUGUUUUCCUAUGUAUGUACCCGAUGUAUUAGACUGUGAUAUGAUUAUGAAUUUUAAGAUUACUGUAUAUAUGUUCGUUUAAUUCAGUUGCCAGUAGUCUUUGUAUUUAAAAGUGACCAUUUCAUUUAUACUUUAUACAUAAAAGUGAUAAAAAGUUACAAGAACUUUAAAAAUUAGAUUAUUUUACAUGUGUGAAUAGUGUUUGUUAAUAGUGAUGUCUAAGUUAUCCGUCCACACAUUGAACCAAUAAAUUUUACAAUGAAUAGUU